AUGCUCUACGGAGUUGCUGCAUGGUAUAGCCCUACCAGCGGGCGUUCUAAGUAUGCAAAACGGCAGAAGACCAUCAACGAAUUCGAACGAAUCCAGACGCGGGCAGCAAUACUCAUUAGUGAAGCAUUCAGAAAUACUGCUUCUGCAGCUCUAGAAGCAGAGCUCGCUGCAGUCUCGAUUCGGGCCGGGAAGGUCCGCAAGAAAUACCUAGGAGCCGCGGCUGACUCCACUGUGUACCUGGGAGAGCUAGAGGGGGUCCAAAUGGCCCUAAAAUGGGCAGAGGCUGCCCCGAUCACGGUCUUUUCAGACAGCCAGGCGGCCAUUCAAGCCGUGCAGAACCCUGGCCGACCAUCAGGCCAAAUCCAGGCGCAGUGGGCGAAAUGGUGGGAGCGACAACAGGUUAGAAAGCCUACCAAACGGCUGAUUGCGAAGCCGAAUAAGAGGGUCUUAAGGAUAUACGAGGGCCUGAGCAAGCCUCAGACAUCUAUAAUCAUUCAGAUGCGUACUAUGAGGAUCGGAUUGAGGCAUUUCCUCUUCAAGAUAAAACAGGUCGAUUCCGACCGCUGCGGGUGUGAAUUAGGCUCUCAAACGCCUAAACACGUCCUGAUGGAGUGCUCGCUGCACCUCGCCAGUCGGAGAAUAAUGAUGGAACGUCUCGACUCUAUCGAGGGACUGCGUGGGCGUAUACAGGACUACGACGCAGUCAUGAACCACCCGCAGGCGAUACGCUACGUCGCCGAUUUCAUGCAACGAACAGGCCUCCUACAGCAGUUCCGAUUCGCCACGUUUAACGACGAGAAGGACGAGGAGGUCCCGGAACCCAGCACCCUCCUAGAGGGACUCGAUCUAAACGAGGAAAACGAUAGUUAUAUUGAACACUAA